ACCUGGGGGGCAGAUGGAGGUGCGCCUGGCAUUGAAAGCAUUCGGCUUCAUUGUUCUGGGUGUGGUGGGAAUCCCAGGAAACCUGGCAGCCCUGCUGCUCUUCUGCCGUUUAUUUCUCGCACAGGGCCACAUGCCGCACAACGAGUUCAUCCUCAGCCAGCUGGUCUUUUCCAACUUGAUGGUGACGGCGUGCCGGGGAAUUCCUCAGGCUCUGACCGCCCUGGGCUUUGCAGAGCUCUUCAACAAAGGUGCGUGCAAAAUACUCAUUUUCAUCUACCGCGUUAGCCGUGCCAUGUCCAUCACCAUCACCUCCCUGCUGAGCUCCUACCAGUGCGUGGUCAUUGCCCCGUCGAAGCCUGGCUGGACCUUGCUGAAACGCUGGCUACCCAGCCACCUCCCCCAUGCAAUCGUCUUCCUCUACGGGCUCAAUAUGAUCAUCUACUCCACCACCCUCCUCUAUACUGAGGCUUUCCGUCCCAACAGGACCAUCUCUGAGUUCACCCUUAACCUUGAGUUCUGCAUUGUGGUGUUCCCAGACCUCAUGACUUACGUGGUCAAGGGUGUGGUGCAAAUCAUUCGAGACUUUGUUUUUGUCGGCCUGAUGGCGGCAGCAGCAGUGUACGUGAUGCUGGUCCUGUAUCGGCACCGUCGGCAGGUUCAGGGCCUGCAGGGGGCCGGCCGGAAGACGGAGGAGGCUUCCCAGGCCGUCCUGCUGCUCAAGCUGGCCACUACUUUCAUGUGCUCCAAACGCAAAAGCAGUAAAAUUCCCAAUGCCUCUCGGGCGACAGUAGCACAAUGA